AUGGACCGCUUCGGCUACUAUUUCGCCACUAAUAACGCACGUGUCAACUCGGACUAUCAAGAUGCUGCGCUAGCCUGCCUCAAGUGGCACUGCUUCGGCCGCUCGUCGGACCUAGGCUACCUGCGCAAGCAACAUGUGUCAGUGUCAGCGGACGGCGUCUUCUACCUGCGGCUCCUCCGCGUUAAAACGGCUGAAGAACAAGGGUUAACGCUCAUACCUGACAAGGAGGACUUCCUGACAUGCCCGCCUCUGUGGUAUCGGAAAAUGGAGAUUACCGGAGCGAUUGCCCGUCGCCCAAGAAUCAAGGUACAAUGA